CCUGCGAAACACGGAAGCAGCAUGGCGUCAAACUGUAACAGCUCCGAGCGGCAGCGAAUUGCACAGCAAAGAUUGAAAAUCAUCGCCGGCCAUUUACAGAAAGAUGACGACCGGGAACCGCCGCGGAUCCUCGCGAACGACUGCAAAGCCGAAGCAAGUGACAGAAAUUCUUCGAGAACAAGUACAAUGCCCAAAAGGAGGCAGGAGAUUAUGAAGUGGAAUGGCUGGGGCUACAGCGACUCCAGGUUUCUCUUCAACAAGAAAGGCCAGGCGGAAUUCACCGGAAAGAGGUAUCGUCUGAGUGGCAUGAUCCUGCCCAGUCUGAAGGACUGGUUUGAGGGCACCUUUGGGGCCAGCUUGCAGCACAAAACGCCAGCCACGCCGGUGCUGAACAGCAGGGAUGUGCAGCCCCCCACGCUGAACGAGGCCUUCAUCCAGGACCUGAAGCCCACGGGGAUCCCUUUCUCCCACGAGGCCGAGGACCGGGUGUUCCGCGCCCACGGUCACUGCCUACACGAAAUCUUCGCCCUCCGAGAGGGGAGGUUUGGGCGUGUUCCGGACCUGGUGGUUUGGCCGAGCUGUCACAACGACGUGGUGAAAAUCGUGGAGCUGGCCUGCAAACACAAUGUUUGCUUGAUACCAUACGGAGGAGGGACCAGCGUGUCCAGUGCCCUGGAGUGCCCCCCGGAAGAGACCCGGUCCAUCGUCUCCCUGGACACCUCACAAAUGAACCGAAUCCUGUGGAUCGACGAGAAGAACCUGACGGCGCAUGUGGAGGCCGGCAUCAUCGGGCAGGACCUGGAGAGGGCGCUCAACGAGAGCGGCUACUGCACGGGACACGAGCCCGACUCCAUGGAGUUCAGCUCCCUGGGCGGCUGGGUGGCCACCAGGGCAUCCGGCAUGAAGAAGAACAUCUACGGCAACAUCGAAGACCUGGUGGUCCACAUAAAGAUGGUGACCCCUCGCGGAGUGAUCGAGAAGAGCUGCCAGGGCCCACGCAUGUCCACGGGGCCCGACAUCCACCACUUCAUCCUGGGCUCUGAAGGAACCCUGGGCGUUAUCACUGAAGUCACGAUGAAGAUCCGUCCUGUCCCCGAGUACCAGAAGUAUGGGUCAGUGGUCUUCCCCAGCUUCGAGCAGGGAGUGGCCUGUCUGAGAGAGGUCGCCAAACAGAGGUGUGCUCCCGCAUCCAUUCGGCUAAUGGACAACGCGCAGUUUCAGUUUGGUCACGCGCUGAAGCCUCAGGUCUCCUCGAUAUUCACGUCGUUCUUAGACGGCCUGAAGAAAUUCUACAUCACAAAGUUCAAAGGCUUCGACCCCCACCGCCUGUGUGUGGCCACCCUGCUGUUCGAGGGCGACCGGGAGAGAGUACUGCAGCACGAGAAGCAGGUCUACGACAUCGCCGCCAAGUUCGGGGGCCUGGCAGCUGGAGAGGACAAUGGGCAGAGGGGCUACAUGCUGACCUUCGUCAUCGCUUACCUCCGGGAUCUGGGCAUGGACUACUACGUGAUUGGAGAAUCGUUUGAAACCUCAGUGCCCUGGGACAGGGUUCUGGACCUCUGCAGGAAUGUGAAAGAGCGCAUUGUGAGAGAGUGCAAGGAGAAAGGAGUGCAGUUCCCGCCCUUGUCCACAUGCAGGGUGACGCAGACCUACGACGCCGGCGCCUGUGUGUACUUCUACUUUGCCUUCAACUACAGAGGACUCGGCGACCCCGUGCACGUUUACGAGCAGGUGGAGCAUGCUGCCAGGGAGGAGAUCCUGGCCAAUGGAGGGAGCCUCUCACACCACCAUGGAGUGGGAAAACUGCGAAAGCAGUGGAUGCAGGAGUCUAUCUCCAACGUGGGCAUGGGCAUGCUCAAAUCCGUCAAGGACUACGUGGACCCCGACAACAUCUUCGGCAACAGGAAUCUCCUGUAACUCUCACCCUGCCCUCCCGGCAUCACCUCUCCUCCUCCUAACAGCGUCCGGUGGUGCUGGAAGUAACGGACGACGAGGAAUUAAUACAUUUAAAAAAAUGACAGCGGUCCUCCUGAGCUGACAGAGGGUUUGCCGUAUGAGUGAAAGCAGUGUUUGUGCUGUAAAGCGCAGCUAUCUAACCACACCCUGUUAGAUGUGACUUCUGUCCAUUUCACGUGUCACGGUGAUUCAUGAGAACCUGACCAUUCUCUGCAGGGCCUAUUAACCUGAGCACCAUGACCAUUCUCCACAUGCCAGGUCAUCAGCAAAUCUGCAAAAAAAAAAAAAAAAAAAAAAAAAACUUUAGCAGUCAAUUUUGCGAAACUCAGUCACCUCAACUGCCAUAGUCGCUGCUUUUCUUUACCCCGGUGUCGAGACAGAGGAUGACACCAUGAGGCAUUUCGUUCACGAAUCAUUUCAAGCAGUACCCCCAGGCUGUGUUAUGCUAAAGAAGCUUGAGCGUGAGGAGCAAGUGGUCUCGCAGAAUUCAGUUAAGUUAAUCAUUUGCCCCGAUAUUGAAGAUGAAGGUAUUUAUACUGUGCAUCUUUCACAUUUACUAUUGAUCGUGUGCGUGUUCAUUAAUUUGUUUUUUAUGCUUUUUUGAAUUUUAAUUGUUUUAGACUCACUUGUCGUUCAGAAUUACUUCAGUGUUGUGCUCCAGAAAAAAAAAUCCUUUCACUCUAAAGUACCGUGCCUUUAAGAUCUGUUUGCCUUUCCUCCUUCCUGUUCCUCUUUACCAGACUCCGUGUUAAAUGUUUCCGUCACCAAAAUCCCUCCCCAGAUCGGCUCUGCGCAGUGUCACACUUUGUUUGUUUUGAAAAACGAUGUCAUGCCUCAAGCUAUGAACCUCUCGGUCCUGCUGCUCAUGUGGUUGUGUGUUUUGUCAGACUUCUUCAAAGGAAAGGAAGUCUUUAAAGAAUUUCACCUGGAAUAAUUUUUUUUUUUUUAAUUUCUGUGAGAGGUGUCCCUGUGUAAGCUGCACCUUUUAAUGACUGAAUCUUAAGAUCCUGUGUUCCCUGUACGUGUCUGUGUAGAUGGUCUUACUCUGACCAAUGAGAAUGAAGUAUAACCAACAGUGCAGGUUUUGGAAGGGAGAUGCUGAUUGGCUGUUCCCCCUCUCGUUUUGUUUUGUUCUUGACGUCUGUUGCAGUACAUGACGGUUAAAGGAAAACUGGAACAUACGCACGGCUGUAGUAAUGGAGUAAUGUACCCGCACACUGUCGUAAUGGCUUCCGAGUGAAAGCUUUGCUAAAUCAUACACCAGUUCAGCCACGGAGGGCUUUGCCAGGUCGACACGGUCUGACUACAGCAUUAGAUAAAAGUUUUCUCCUGGGUCCAUUUUGACAGUUGCGUGGGUGCGUGCAUUUCUGCGUUAAAGUGUGCGGCCUUUGCCUGUCACAUCGUGCGUGUGGUUUUGGGAUGAAGGGUGUCGUGUUUGGUUUAGCGUGAACACGUCUGCAGGCUGCUCUCCUGAGUGGGUGUUGCAGCGCACAUGUUUGUACCAAAGACCUGCAGCGUUUCAGGUGCACCACUACAUACAGUCCCUCACCUAUUUUAUGUAUAUGUUUGUAUAUGCUGUAUAUACAUUAUACAUGCAUACAUGGAUA